UUCCCCUCCCCCACCCGCAUCCUCCUCCUCCGGUACCCUCUCCCUCUCUGUCCUCUUAUCAAGUCCUCUCCUCCUGUCUCGCUUCCAACCCUCCAGCCAGCUUGCUCCCGCUCCCUUUCCCGGAUCUUCCCUCUCCCCAGUCUCUCCCCAUUUCCCCCAGUCUCAUUUAACUCCCUUUCUCCCUCCGUCUGGUCUGACUCGCCUGCCCCAUCCCGUCCCCGCCCUGUCCCUUUUGUGCCCCUUUUUCUUUUUCUCUCUCCUUCCCCGGCUUGGUGUCCCUGCUCCACCUCCAACUCCCUUCAGCCCGGCCUCCCUGUCCCCUCACGGCCACCUGCCUCCCUGCCCGAGGCCUGAGCCACCAUGCUGACCCCAAUGGUGGCUGGGGGGGUGGUGUUCCCCGGACUCUUCCUCCUCUCCAAGAACACGCUCCAGCGGCUGCCCCAGCUGCGCUGGGAGGAGGCCGACGCGGUCAUUGUCUCAGCCAGGCUAGUGUCCUCUGUCCAAGCUGUCAUGGCCUCCACAGCUGGCUACAUCGUCUCCACCUCCUGCAAGCACAUCAUUGAUGACCAACACUGGCUUUCCUCUGCCUACACGCAAUUUGCAGUGCCCUACUUCAUCUAUGACAUCUACGCCAUGUUCCUGUGUCAUUGGCACAAGCACCAGGUCAAGGGGCAUGGAGGGGAUGAAGGGGGGGCCCGAGCUCCGGGCAGCACCUGGGCCGUGGCGCGCGGCUAUCUGCACAAGGAGUUCCUCAUGGUGCUCCACCACGCCGUCAUGGUGCUCGUAUGCUUCCCGCUGUCUGUGGUGUGGCGUCAAGGCAAGGGAGAUUUCUUUCUAGGCUGUUUGCUGAUGGCUGAGGUCAGCACCCCCUUCGUCUGCCUUGGCAAGAUCCUCAUCCAGUAUAAGCAGCAGCACACUCUGCUGCACAAGGUGAACGGGGCCCUGAUGCUCAUCAGCUUCCUCUGCUGCCGGGUGCUGCUCUUCCCCUACCUGUACUGGGCCUACGGGCGGCACGCCGGCCUGCCUCUGCUUGCGGUGCCUCUCGCCAUCCCGGUGCACGUCAACCUGGGCGCCGCGCUGCUCCUGGCCCCCCAGCUCUACUGGUUCUUCCUCAUCUGCCGUGGGGCCUGUCGCCUCUUCCGGCCCCGGGGCUCCCCGCCUCGGUCUCCGUGUCAGACCCAGGACUGAGGGUGGGGCCAGGGACCCGCCCCACCCCGCCCCUUGGGGACUGGGCUCUGGGGCUGCCACGCACUGGGUGGGAGCCAGGGGCCUCUUGCCCUGACAGCCCCUAACAGAUGGACUCCAGGGGGGGUGGGACAUCUCCCCUCAGGGGCAGAGGGGCAGGGAUCAGGUGAAAAGGCAGGCAGGGAGGGGGAGCCUCUUCCCCCAGCAGUGCCUGAGCUGAAGGUAGCAAACCCCUUCCUGCGCACCCUUUCUCCCAUUACCAACCCUGGGGCCCUGGGGAAGCAAAGGACAGAGGAAGGGCUAGAGGGCCAUGGGGAGACUGACUCAAGGGGACUGGGACUCAGAGAAUGUAGGGGAGGCCUGUCACCAAGGCCAUCCCAGCCCCCUGCUGCAGACUCCUCUCGGUUCCCCACCAUCCAGGAGGGAGGGGGACACCCUAACUCACCCCCCUCCCCCGCAGGCCUUGCUUGGGGCUAGCUGCCUCCACUGCUCCUCGGGGAGGCCAGCCUGAGGAAUCUUAUUUAUUUUAUUUAUUUGCCCAAAUUCAUACUAAUUUGUGGGGGUGGGGGGAGGGAGGUGGCUGCUACCCCCAACCUUCCCAGUGUUGAGCAAUCCCAGGGGCAGGUGAGGGGUGCCCCAUCCCUUCCCAAUUAGGCUGCACAUCUUGCCCUCAGGCCCUGGCAUGUCCCUGGUGCUACAGACCUCUCAAGGCUUCCUCCAGUCUGGGGUCAGGGGACCCUGGGAGGUGCUUUACAGACCGCUAAUAAAGACGAUCUGAUCUGCGUGA